CACCAUUUUGACAUUGGCACAAUAAUAUUUUCAUCAACCGAGAAUGACGUGAAAAUUGGAAAAAAGAAAAAUUUUAUUUUCCUGAACAAUUAUUGUGACGAAGUGAAGUGAAGUGUCGAUUGUUCGUUUCAAUAGUACAAACCAACCAAAUACGAACAUGCACCGCUACAUAUUCAGCCAGUUGAAGUGUUGUCGAAGCCGUUUCACAACAUCGACACAAAUAUUAACCUCACAUCCAACGGCACGGAACUUCAGCAACAGUAAAUCAGAGAAAAAUGUUUUGAGUCAAACAACGAUACUAGUGCAGCAAGGAUGCGACAUCCAGGAACUGCCGGUGAUUAUGAGACGAAUCGAUCACGACGACAUGGUCGCUCUGUGUUCGAACGCCAAUUCGGUGAACGAAAUUAUGGGCCGACGUGUUGGUGGCGAUACGUCAAAAGUCAACUCCACCGUGGAUCCAGACAUUGUCAUCAAAGAGCUGAAAGAGUGUGUCACACAGAAGGGAGUGCUGAGUGUAAUUGAUGGUGUACCGGAAGUGGAACUAAUGCCUGACAUUGCACUCGUCGCUUUCGAGAGCCUCGUUAAUCUUGGAACGUUAAUCGAUUUAAGGAAUUUGGAGGACACCAACGAGAUUUAUGGGAAAAUUAUCGAUUGCAUUGCAACGAAAUGUGAUACCCAAAGCCUGUUGGAUACGUUGACAUCGUCGGUUGAUCUCAAGAAAACAUCGCAACGCAUCUGCGACGAAUUGUUGAUGAGGAAUUCCGAUGGCAUGCUGGGUAUCGUCGAAAUUUGCGUAACGGUUCAAAAGUUCGUUGAAUGUCAUCAGUAUGAAGGAGCCGAGAAAUUCUGGUCCGGCCUAGCCGAUCAAGACAAGCAUAUCAACGCGAAUAACAUUAAGUUCAUUUAUCAAAUUCUACCGAAAAUAAAAGUCAGUCGACGAAUGGUGGUCGGGGUGGCCGAACGUAAAAUCACCGGUGUUUUCUGGAAUCUUUCGUCGGAAGCUGUUGUCGACAUUCUGAACGCUCUGGUUGAAUCGAAACAAACAUCCUAUCGAACGUUGCAAUCAAUCACCCGCUGGUUGAAUACAAACAUUCAUGCUGUCAGUGAGGCGGACCUCGAGUCGGUGGUCAAAUGUUUCACAAUUUUGGAGUAUUCGGAUGGUCAGAUGGAAAAGGCGCUGGAACGCUACAUAAAGACCAAAGGCAUCAAAGUAAAACAUCAGUCACUCAUUUCGACCAUCCUGACGCACUGUGCACGCUUUCGCAUUCGCAAUCCAUAUAUCAUGAACGGCUGCAGUGAAUACUUUAUCAUCCAUGCCAACGAUUUGAAGUCCGAGCAUCUGAAAUCGAUCUUUUGCCCAUUCGGCCUGUUGGACUAUCAACCGAUCAACAGCGUCAAAUUCUGGCAAACGUUCGAGAACUGUUUGAAUUUGAAUUUCGACAAAAUUUCGGCUCGGGACGUUAUUGAUAUUGCGCUGUCAUGCCUGUACUUGGAAAAGUAUCCGAUCAACUUUGUUCAGCGGAUUUUCAAUCCGUACUUCCUGGAUCUGUUGCACACAACAACACCACUGGUCGAGCAUCCGAAACUGCGAAGUGAUUUAAAAUUGUUCGACACUGGAAUGUCCAUCGAAUGUGAUAGCUACAAUGGCCCGAUGCUUCCGAAAGAUCAUUCGGCGAAAGGCAUUUGGCAAGAUGGUCGUAUCAAGCGUAUCGUACAAAACCUUACCGAUCAAUGGGAAACCAUAUCCGGCGGGCCGGACAAAUUCACUAAAUGUACCGUUAUGCAGCAAUUGCCGCUGAAUCCACUGUAUUUGAUCGAUUUGCUCAUUCAUCCGGCCGGCAUGGGACGUCUGUGGAAUUUCAAUACACACACCGAUCGAGAUUUGUACAUUGCGACGCUGAUUCAUUUACCAGAGCAUUAUGAUGCUAGCAAACAGCAUCUUAUCGGUCCCCAGUCGAUGCGAAUAAGGCAUUUUCGACGACUGGGAUUGAAAGUAGUGACAUUAGACUAUGAAACGGUGGCUAAACUUAGAGUGCAUGGAAAUGAGUUGCACAAAUAUUUGGUUGAACGGAUGCGUGAGGCAUUGUCGGCUACGGGCUAAGAAACGUUUUAGUUUUUAGACUUUUUACAAUUUUGUUAAAUUUUAGCUGCUCAAGUGAGUCCUGCAUGGAAAAUUUGUUCUUUCAACUAACUCUUUUGCCUCAAAAGUAAGAUUUUUCCGAUUUUUCUUGAAACAAAACAAAAAUUUAAAAUUUUAAUCCAAAGACAAAUUUAUCCCUAUCGUUAAUUGUUGACCAGUAUUUAAGAAUUAAAUGCAAGAUGAAAAA